UGGAAAACCAAGAUUUUAUUUUCCCUAUCUCAAAUCAUGCUGAUUUAACAUGGAUGAGCCUCUUCUCUCCAGAACAAUAGCAGAAGAGUCCAGCAGGCGACCAGGAAGAGAACUCCCCUCUAGUUACCUUGAUCUUGGCCAGUCCCUACGUCAACCGACAUCACACCUUGUCACUAAUGAUGUGAUUAUCCCCAUCAUCUCAACACCAAACACUUCUUCAUUUGUAAAUCUCAUUGCCAAUUUGAACAAAAAGAAAACAAGACUCCCUUACCGAUCCCAUUCGGCUCCAUCGUUGUUUACAGAUGCCAGGGAGACUUUCGAAGAUUCUUUCGACCCCAGACCUGGCUCGAAAUCAACUCCUUUGAUUGUUCGGCAGGCUUUUGUUGGCGUAUUCUUGUAUAUAUUGGUUGUUGUGUUGAUAUUCCUUGUCAGCGGCCGCUUCAGGGGAACCACAACAUUCAAGCCAAUAGAUGCCUUGUACUUCACAGUGGUUACACUUUGCACCAUUGGCUAUGGUGAUAUCGUUCCAGAUACAACUUUUACCAAGCUGUUUACUUGUGGUUUUAUCUUGGUUGGUUUUGGUUUCAUCGAUAUUUUGUUAAAUGGAUUGGUCACAUAUAUUUGCGAUAAGCAAGAAGCCGUUCUGUUAAGCACCAUGGAUGGGAGUACGCCCACCACCAUGGUUCAAGCUUAUAUGAUAGACAAAGCUAAAGGAAGAAUGAGAAUCAGAACGAAAGUGGUCUUGGCUUCAGCAGUGGUCGUUGUUUGCGUUGCUGUAGGAACUAUUACAGUGCACUACCUGGAGAAGUUGGACUGGGUUGAUAGUUUUUAUCUGGCUGUCACAUCUGUGACAACCGUAGGCUAUGGGGAUUACGCUUUCACAACCAUAACGGGAAGAUGUUUCGCCAUUAUUUGGCUAUUAGUUAGCACACUGGCAGUUGCCAGGGCUUUUUUGUACCUGGCUGAGCUGAGGAUUGACAAGAGGAAUCGCAGGAUUGCAAAAUGGGUACUUCAGAAAAAGAUGACACUGGGCGAUUUAGUAGCUGCAGACCUCGAUAAUGAUGGAUCCAUCAGCAAAUCUGAAUUUGUAAUAUACAAGCUUAAGGAGAUGGGGAAAAUAGCAGAGAAAGACAUCCAGCAGAUCUGCAACCAAUUUGAUUCAUUAGAUAGUACCAACUGUGGCAAAAUCACUCUUGCCGAUCUCAUGUAAAGUGACGAUAGUUAAACAGGUUUUGCUAUUGGAACAGGCCAUCAGAUUUUGCCUCGCUGAUAAGCAGGACUUGAGACUCUCCAUGGUAAAGGGAAAAAAAAUGAUAAGAAAGGCAAUGUAAAACAAGCAGGAUGGUAUCAUGACAGAAGUUCAAUUUCCUACUGGCAUAAAGUUGGUCAACUGGUUACACAAACAAGAGCUAUUCUUUUUGCAAGCAAAGAUCUACAAUUUCAUUUUUUCUAUGUUAAUUUGUUACGAGAAAGUAAAACUGUACAUGUAAGAACUGUCGAAUGUUGAUUGCUCUGGUUAAUAGGUGAGCAGCAACUGUCUCAGAAGGGUGCAUUUUCAUCCCCUCAAUUUAAGGGUACAUUCAUUUA